UGUAGCCCUAAUGUGAAGUGAAGAUUGGGUUGCUGAUUGUGAGAAUCUUACCCCCUGCCUUAGGUUCCUAGGUACCUCGGAUUGGCGUUGCAAUCCAAGCUUCCAUCCGAUCGGCUCGGCCGCGCAGAAGCUGCCCCCGCCCGCACCAACCUGACUAUCAAUCAUCCUUCGCCCUGUCACACGCCGCCACUAAGCGAUACCAGCCUGCGGUUUCUAGACUUGCAGUCCAGUGUGUCGGGCGGAGGCGCGAGCGCAACCAAGCGGGCAGGCACUUUCGCCAACAGGAAACCAAUCUCGAAAAAUGGCUACUCUUCAGCGCCUCGGCAGUCCCGUCAACGGCAACGGCUCCGGCGCCGCGACAGGCGACCAUAACACACCGCCCACCUCUCUACCCCCAACUCCACCGCCGACCUUGGCCCUUGCCCCUUCUUCGUCGACCGAUCCCCGCUCGCACCCACCCGACCUCGCCCUCCUCUUCGACCUGAUUCCUCUGCCUCAGUUGAUUCUCUCGCCGUCGUGCGCUAUCACGAGGGCGUCGGCCCGUUUCCUAGCCGACUGGGCCGUCACUGUCGAUCAGUGUGUUGGCCGCGACUUGCUAUCAUUCCUCCAGGCACAUCUACAGCCGCUCGGCGACCCCACCGGUCACAUCGCGGCCUCCAUCGACGACGCCAUCUCCUCGCGUGCCGUGCGCACCACGAAGGCCAUCUAUAGACACACCUCAUCGUGGAUCGCUCGCAUCAUCCCCGUCUUCAAGGAGGACGAGCUGCUGGCCAUAGUCACUGAGUGGCGCGAGUCCCCAGUCGCCCUAGCCGACCAGGAGCUCUUCAGGCCUGGUCUCUCCAACGACGAGGCCUUCCGGAUUCUCGUUCAGGCUGUUAAAGACUAUGCCAUUUUCCUCCUGGAUACCAAUGGCAGGAUCGCUACCUGGAACACCGGUGCAGAGUUACUCAAGGGCUACAAACGAGAUGAGAUCAUUGGCCAGCACUUCUCUGUCUUCUACGGCAAGGAGGACCUCGACAUCGGGAAGCCCGGCAUGGAACUGGAGAUUUGCCUGCGCGAGGGCCGUGUCGAAGACGAAGGGUGGCGCUACAAAAAGGACGGCACCCGCUUUUGGGCCAAUGUCAUCAUCACGGCAGUCUAUAAGGACGGCGUGCACGUCGGUUUUGGCAAGGUUACGCGCGACUUGUCCGAACGCAAGUCGGCCGAGUCCCGCCUCAUCAGAGCCUACGAGGAGAGCGAGAAGCUCAAGUCGGAUUUCCUGGCCAACAUGAGCCACGAGAUCCGCACUCCUAUGCACGGAAUCCUCUCGGCGUGCUCUCUCCUCAUCGAUACCCCCCUUUCCGAGCGGCAGCGAGACAUCGUCAACAUUAUGGAAGAGUCAGGCCAGGUUCUGUUCCAGGUCAUCAAUGACAUCCUUGAUUAUUCCAAGCUGGCCUCUGGCAGCUUCUCUAUCAAAUCGGACAUCGUUGGAGUUAGCAGCACCGUGGCGUCCGUCGUCCGUAGUGUGCAGCCCACCUUGCCCCCGGCUGUUCACUUUGAGCUUUUUCUCUCCCCGGAACUGCCCAAGUCUGUCCAGGGCGACCCGUUGCGCUACCGGCAAAUACUUCAGAACAUCAUCAGCAACGCCGCAAAAUUCACGGAGAAGGGUAGCAUCCGGGUCCGGGCUACUGUUCAAGAAGAGGAUGAGGUCAGCUACCUGAUACUCACCGAAGUUACUGAUACUGGCAUCGGGAUUCUAGAACACGCUACGGCUUUGUUGUUUACGCCAUUUACUCAAUAUGAUAUUACAACGACUAAGCAGUAUAAGGGUACCGGACUCGGCCUUUCGAUAGCUCGGUCUCUAGCCGAGCUUAUGGAGGGUAGAAUCGGAUACCGCCCCAAUCCCGACCGCCACGGAAGCAUCUUUUGGUUCACGGCGCGAUUCAAAAAGAUCAAGAACCUGGAGCAGAUCCAGGACUGGCGGCAGCGGGGCUUCAACCCGGACGGCUCCCCGCUCGAGGUUCCAAGUGCCGGCGCUCUUGUUCGGGCUUCAGAGCUAGCGGCUUCCGCAUCUACGAAGACACUGCUCCUUGUUGAGGACAACGUCAUCAACCAAAAGGUCAUGCUUGGCCUACUCCGUUCGCUCGGGUUCAAAAACACGGCUUUGGCCUCUAACGGAGCCGAGGCCGUGAACAUGGUUUGUGGCAAGCCCGCCGCCUACGACUUGGUUCUGAUGGAUAUCAAUAUGCCCAUCCUGGAUGGCCACGAGGCGGCUGCGAGGAUCAGAGAACACGGGAUUCGAGUUCCCAUCGUGGCCAUGACAGCAUACGCGCUCAAGGGUGAUAGGGAACGCUGCCUUGAGCAUGGCAUGGAUGAUUAUAUCCCGAAGCCGGUCGACAAGCAGAACCUCAUCAAAACCCUGGCUCGCUGGCUUCUGGAAACCAGAGACUAUAGACUGCCGCCCAUCGAUGUCUCCGCCGACAAUUCCGUUGUCCCGGCGUCCGACAAAGUGCAGCCUAAUGUUGAGGUCACGGACAAGCAGAUCGGAAAAGACGGCGACACGCCUGUGAUCCGGUGAAAGCGGCGACGAGUCGAUCGAUAUCCCUCGAAAGAAGGUAGCGUGGGGCAGACGGUAGCCAAACCCCGUCUUUGCAAAUUC